AUGGAGUUACAAAAUAUGGGGGAAAGGGUGUUUGCUGCAGAACGUAUCGAGAAGAAGAGGACAUUGCGGGGCCGGACUGAAUUUUAUAUCAAGUGGAAAGGCUGGUCGACAAAGUUUAAUACGUGGGAACCAGAAGAAAAUAUACUUGAUCAGCGGUUAAUCCAAGCAUUUAAAGCGAGAGAAAAUGAUGGUAGAUGUCACAAACGAGGACCCAAGCCUAAGAAAUUAAAAUUACAGCAAGUAAGUGAGCUUUAA